AUGACUGAGCCCGUCGAAGUCAGAGAUUCCGCUCAGUCCAAGCCAGUGCAUCCGACGCCUGAUAACACUACUAUCUCUCCUACAUCAGGACCAGCUCGCAAAUAUCUGACCUUGGGGCCUUUGAAGAAACUCGAUCUGCCUCAUCAUCCGUCGUAUGAUAAUGUUAGUUCUGAUCAUCAUGUCACUCUAGCCCAGUUCCUCGACGAUAUUCUCAACGAGGUACAAGGAAUCAACUUUGACGAAGGGUUUGAGAAGCGUGGGACCUGGAGCCCCGACAAUGGACAUGUGAUGAUGCCGCCACUGAAUGCUACAGGGAACAGCGAUAUGGUUACAGUCCCAGUCUCGGUCGAGAAGCGUAUCAAAGACUUGAACCAAGCCAGUUGGAUGGCUAGAACCUCUACCCACAGCAACGCUCAUGUCAGAUUCUCUGAGUUGGGCGAUCUUUUGGCGAAAGAUCACAGCCGCAACGAAGCUGCAUAUACCCCGAGUGUUUUCGAUGCUGUCGAGCUAUUAAGGUGGGAUCCUGAAGAAGCGUUGAGAGCACUUCCAAUUGAUUAUGCAUCAUUUGGCGAUGUCAAGAUCAUGCAAGAGAGAAGUCGGAUGGAAACGAAAGGAUCUUCGCAACUCUACCGGUUUCCGUCGGACACAGGGUCAGGCGCAACACCUGACGCGAACCAGAAGCAGCGACAGGGGAAGAAGCUGACAGAAGGAACCUACGUCUCGUUGGAGAGGCUGAUUGGCGCAUCGAAGACACGUGUCGAUGGGGAUGCUGCGCAGCAAGCAGAGUCGCCCGAUAACGACCAUCAUCGUUGGGAUAUGAUGACGUUGAGUACGGCGGGGGGCAUGACGAAAAAGGCACCGAAGGGCAUCCAGCAGAAGGAAACGUUGGAGGCGAUCGCAAUGGAUGUGGAGUAUGUUCUAUCGUAUAUCGCGGAUCAAAGACGGAAGAGCAGGACUUGA